CUCAACUCACAUCGACAAUCGUCUUGGGUGAGCGCAAGCGUGAGGAUGGCGAAAGUGCCCAACGUGCCCGAUCCUGUCCAGGCAGCGUUCGAGAAGGCCGCUCGCGAAUUCAAAACAGCGCUCAAAAACGACAAACUAUACGAUGAGGUGGUGAAAACGAGGUCAAUUGACGAUGUGUAUACCGCGACAGAGGCUCUCCAGAUUGAGCUAGCGAAAAAGGACUCUCUCCGGCGGCUAUCCAAGAUAAAGCCAUAUCUGGAGCGACUCCGAGCCUACUCAGGCGUCGUCGAAACUUUCGUACAGGUGAAGCCGGAUGUUCUAGCGCUGAUAUGGGGCCCCAUCAAACUGCUGCUUCAAUGGACAAGCACCCUGACGCAAUCGCUCGACGCGAUCAUCAACACCACGGCUGAGAUUGGCGAGCUUCUUCCUGAGUUCAAGGACAUGACCACCAUGUUUAGCCAGAAUCAUCAUAUCAAGGAUGUCCUAGCUCUCUUUUUUCAAGAUUUGCUAGACUUCUACGUUGUGGCAUUGAAGUUUUUCAGUCUGGGUCGUUGGCGAUACUUCUUUGAGGCGAUGUGGCCUAUUCAAAAGGACAAAAUCAAGUUGAUCACGUCCCAAGUUGAACGGCAUACAGCUUUGAUGAGAAACGAAGUUCGACUAGAACAUAUUCGAGAGGAGCAUGAUGCCAGGCUGCGUGCUCUAGAACAUUUCGAAAGGACCGAGAGGAGUAACCGGCAGCAAGAGUACAACAUCAUCAAGACGGACGUAUCCCCAACUUUUUGCGAUGACAAACUUUACCAGAUUCGCAAUCAGACCUGCAAGGGAACUGGAAAGUGGUUGCUACAAGAUGACGUCUUCCUGAAGUGGCUUGAUGUUGCGAAUCGCUCCACAGAUCUACUCUGGCUACACGGCAUUCCUGGAGCAGGGAAGACAUUUCUAGCUGGCACCGUAAUCGACAAGGCAAUGUGCUCACACAGGACCGUCUUCGCAUUUCUCAGCUACGACCACAGCGCUAAGACGACUGCAUUAUCAGUACUACACUCUCUAAUGUUCCAAUUAGCGUCAGAAGAUGAUCAGCUGCAGACUGUACUUUGCCAAUCAACCCGGGUCAAUUUGAAGAACAAGCUCGAUGUCGCAACCCAGCUCCUGCAGACUCUACUCAGCUGUGCUGGCCCGGUUUGUGUUGUUAUCGACGGAAUAGAUGAGAUUGAUGGUUCUGAGCAACGAGUACUCCUACAUCAGUUAGUUGAUCUCUCGAAUGCCUGUCAAGAAACUCGAAUCCUUGUCAGUAGCCGGACGGAACCUGCAAUUGAGAAGGUUCUUGAACCCGUCUCGUCCAAGAUCAGGGUAGAUACCCGCAAUGCGGGGAGUAUUCAAGCAUACAUUAACGACUGGUUUGGGGAAUGGAUUUCUACUCAUGACUUUCUCCCCAAUGAUAAGGCUAGUAUCAUGGGCCUGCUUGCGCCGCUGUCCGCAAAGGCAAAAGGAAUGUUCCUUUACGCUCGGAUCAUGUUGGGCAACAUUGAGCUCCUAAGCGACAUUGAGGAUAUCAGAAAGGAGCUCAGAGUACUCCCAGAGAAUCUGAAUGAGGCGUACCAGCGAGUCUUUCGGAGAAUCAAUGGCAUUCAACCUCAUCUCGCCAAGACAAAGUGCCGGUCACUACUUGGGUGGGUUAGUUGUACACCAACCCCCCUUACAAUACAAGAACUGGAGCAGGUAUUGGUAGUGAGUGGUAGCGACGGGAGCACUUGUAGAGUGUCGUCACCUUCCCCAAUCAUCCAGCUCUGCAGACCCAUCAUUGAAGUUGUCGAUGAUUAUGUGAAAUUUGUGCACUUCACGGUCAAGGAAUACAUCGACGACCCUAAUGUUGAGGGUUUCAUUGAUACCAUGGAAGCCACUCUCAGUCUCACGAUAUGCUGUACAAAGUACUUGUGCCAGGAUCACCACAAUCCUUGGACAGAGGACCCGGAAUUUGAAGAAAAUGUCAUUUCCGGUGACUAUCGUUUGCACUACUACGCUACGUCCACAUGGCUGGAGCUCACAGAGAGGUAUCUCAGCCUGGCUGGAUCCAAGGCUCCGCCGCCACAAUUAAUAAAUGCUCUGGAGAACCUCGAUGGAGCAAGAAGCCAGUGGGAGUACCGUGGUGGCACUGAAUUGGAAGCACAGUUGUAUCCGCGAGUCUUGCGGAAAGUGGAACCUCAUCGACCGGACCUCUUUGCGAUGCUGCGGAAUGUGGCCCGGUUUCGACAGAAAGCCUCUACAUCUCAGUACCGUAUUGACCAAGCGGAUGCAUGGAUCGCCCUCGAUCCUCUCGUAACAUCACACAUAUCAAAGAUGUUGUAUGCUAAAUUUGAUCAGCUGUGCUGCCCGAUCGUUCAACAUCCACAUGGAUGCAGUUGCCGAGCUCUCAGGCGCCAUUACGGCCAGCAACCAUAUAAAUGCGCAUUUAUGAGCUGCUCCUUUUGUCGUCGAGGGUUUCAGACGCGGACUCUUCGUAACUCUCACAACAAGCAUCAUGACAUCCCCUGGAAAUGCGACGUUGAAUCGUGCCAUUAUGCGGAGAUUGGAUUUCUCUCCAGGCGGAUGAGAGACGACCACUUGGAUUUCCAUCGCAAGGAAGGGAAUCCCAACACUCUGAUAUCGACAACCAACCCCGACCCCGAUGAGGUCCAGCCUUUACUGUUCGAUCUGGUCAUUUCAGACAACAUGGCAGAAAUCGAGAAACUGAUACCCCAUGCUAGAGCUCUUCCUAAGGAGGUGAGGAUUGAGUUACGAAGACUGGCCGCUUAUUCUGCCUCUUCAGCGACGCUGGAACUAGUGUCUCAGAUGUAUCCUCGUAAACCUUGGGAGAAUGCCGAGUGGAUUGACAGUUUGGUUUCUUCCAUUGAGGGUCAGAACAUGGAGACUCUGAAUUGGCACCUGUCAAGUGAAUUAUUGGCGCAAUUUAACUCCCCCACUUCCGUUUACGUCAAUAAUGACAGCACAAUGCGCUUGUGUGAGGCUCUGAUUAAAACGGCGUCGAUGGAGAUGCUAUCGCUGAUCGAGCCUCACUUCCUGCGAUUCUGCAAGUACGGAAGGAUGUAUGGGAACUCGGUACCCAGAAUUUUCCUGACGCACCGAGCUAUUAAGGCAACGGCUCGACGCGACGAUCGAGAGAAGAAGCUUAUAUUCUUGUGGCGUGCUAUGAGCUCCGGGAAGGAUACCUGGCUCUCUCAUAAGCCUCAUAUUUACCUGGGUUCCGCGCUAGGAUCUGUAGCCAAGACGACUUGUUCAUUGCCCCUCGCCCAGGCAUUGCUUGAGCUUGGUGCCAAUGUAGAUGGCUGGAACUCUAACCCCGGAGUCUUUACACCACUCUAUCACGCUGCUCGGAUAAGCUCCCCAGAAGCGGCAGAGUUUAUCAAGUUUCUUCUAUACCAAGGAGCGAACCCUGACCGAGGCUCGACGAGGGAGAGCAUCAAAGAACAAGAGGGGGCCAAGGAUAUUGGCAAGUGGCUCAAUAUAUCAUGGGACGAACUCGUCAAGAAAGCAGCCGAGGAUAGGGCAAGAGGAGUCGUGUGGCCGUCGUAAUUAGUCUGUCUUGAUAUUCAUGCGUGAGGUUCUGACAAAGCAACAUACGCGAUCCUCCUCAUUCAUCAGAGACAGUUUGCAGCGUUACAAUGUCCAUCAUCAAAUGGUCCUGUGACCCAGCUCGCUUGUCUCUCAGAGAUGAUCGCAAUUUCUGUUACCUCAUCGUUGAUGGCGGGUUGAGAUGCAGGUUGAGAGUCCAGUGACUGAUCGAUUAGCCGUAAUUUGUCUGUUUGUAUCCAUUGGACGUACUGUUCCUUGACAUUCAGUAACACGACAGAUGGAAAGUUGUAGAGAUACAGGCACUGAAUGUACUCUUACUCACCGUUUCUAUCGUAUCUCCUGUC